AUGCUGACCCUGCUGCUCUUGCUCGUGCUCAACCACUCCGUUAUGGCCGUGGGAGCCGACCGCGACGACGCCGACGUCGGCUUCGACCUGGGCUAUGCUAUUCUUCUUGGAGGACUGUUCGUUCUCCUCAACUACCAACUGAUCCCGAGGCGUCAACGCAAGAUCAGCUACGAGGAGCAGGAGGGAUUUCGAGGGAGGAAGUCGAAGACGUCGUGCCCGCAGAAGAGCGCCGAGGGCGGACACAGGAUCUCGAUGAAGAUCUUCCACAGACCGGAGCAUAUCGAGGCGCUGCUGAGCAUGUUCCAGCUGAUGGCCCUCGACAGAUCCAACGUCAAGCAUUGGUACCCGGCCUCCGUAUUGCAGCUCGUCUUCGAUGAAGACACUGGACGC